AUGAAGAAGAAACCGUUCCAGAGACACCACAGUAUCCCCCAGAGCGAAAUAAGUCAAUUCCAGUUGCAACAAACACCCGUUGAUUGGUCUUUUAAAGAAGAAGAAGCUCAAAUUGAGGCCUACUUCAACAAUUGCACAAAUGGAAUUAUUGGCAAAGAUAGAAAAUUUGCUGACCUUUGGAGAGAUAUACAUCGAGAAUAUCUUGCGGCUCAUCUAUCUCGACCACAUGAGAUUCCAGAGCGGAACAAGAACAUGUUGGAGACUCAUUGGAGGAGGAUGGCCGCCGACCCACUCAUCUGGGCAAGUGUUAUGGAAGAAGUUGGUAAAAUAAUGGGAAGUGGGUACAAUGAUAGUGAUGUGGUAAAAAAUGCCCAUGAAUUGUUUCUAAGGUCUUGUCAAAAUUCACCAAGAAAUUUUAAAUUUCAAUAUGCGUGGGGAAAGGUGAACGAAUAUCCAAAGUGGAGAAAGUUCAUGAGGUGGGGUCUGAAUAAGGAAGAAAGGAAGAAAGUUGAUGCUGAACACAAUGCGGAAAAAGAAGUUGAAGAGAGCAGCGGUAGUGGUAAAAGAACUAGAGACGAUGCUACUAGUUGUUUUGUAUCUGGAGGUAUAAGUCGCUCAGCUGGUGUUAAGAAUGCCAAGGCCAGAAUAAAAGGCAAAGGGGUAGCAUCAGAAGAUUUGACAGUUGUUGGUGAACAGAUGAAAGUUUACAAUGAUAAACACGAUGUUGAGGUUACCCUUAAACAAAAGAAACUUGAUUUUGAUAUGGAAAAGGAAAUGAGGAAGCAAAGACAACUAGAGUUGGAGGAGAAAAAUUUCCAAAUGCAACAAGAGAAGAUGGAGGCAGAUAAAUUGAAUUGA